UAUUAUUGUUGAAGCAGUUCUAAGGGCAGAGGACAGAGGAGGACCUGGAACAACCACCGUGAGAAUAUUCCCUGCUCGCGAUUUCAUCGGAAAAUGGACGCCGCCGGCAAUGUAGCCGUAAAUGGUUCUCCGGCGAAAGGUGCAGCAGCAGCAUCAGCUUUGAUAUUCCUCGGCACUGGUUGUUCGAGUGCGGUUCCGAACGCCAUGUGUCUGAUCCAACCAACCAAUCCUCCCUGCCAUGUUUGCCACCAGUCGAUGUCUCUCCCACCAGAACGCAAUCCUAAUUACAGGUGCAACACAUCAUUGUUGAUUGAUUAUUGUUCAAGUGACGGUGGUGAGCACAGUUACAUAUUAAUUGAUGUGGGAAAGACGUUUAGAGAACAGGUUCUUCGUUGGUUUACAUAUCAUAAGAUACCUCGGGUAGAUUCUAUCAUUUUGACUCAUGAGCAUGCUGAUGCAGUUCUGGGUCUCGAUGACAUUCGUGCUGUUCAACCGCAUAGUCCUAUAAAUGACAUUGAUCCCACUCCCAUUUAUCUAACACAGCAUUCAAUGGACAGCCUUGCUGUGAAAUUUCCUUAUUUGGUUGAAAAGAAGCUUAAGGAAGGGCAGGAAGUGAGAAGAGUAACACAGCUUGAUUGGAGAAUAAUUGAGAAUGACAGUAAGAAGCCGUUUGUUGCAUCAGGACUGGAAUUUGUUCCUUUACCAGUGAUGCACGGUGAAGACUAUGUUUCUUUGGGUUUUCUUUUUGGUGAAAGAAGUAAAGUAGCUUACAUAUCUGAUGUUUCUCGCUUUCUUCCGGUUACUGAGAAUUAUAUUUCAAAAAGUGGUGAUCACCAGCUGGAUCUCCUUAUAUUAGAUACACUAUAUAGGAAAGGAUCCCAUAAUACUCACUUUUGCUUCCCACAGUCGCUCGAUGCUGUGAAGAAGUUACAACCGAAGAGAGUGUUGUUCAUUGGCAUGACCCAUGAGUUUGAUCAUCACAAGGACAAUGAGUUUUUGGCCGAAUGGUCAAGAAGAGAAGGGAUCCAAGUUGAGCUUGCACAUGAUGGAUUGAGAAUCCCAAUCGACCUGUAACGAGGCGAGUAUUUCUUUUAUAUAUGGAACUGUCCUUCGCUAUUACAGUGGUGUUUUUCGAUUGUUGUAUUAAUAUAUUUCCCUGCUUGAAAAUGAAUUUGAUAAAUACAUAAUUAUUCAUGUGGUAUUGGACCAGAUCAGUAGUAUAUGAUUAGAUAAGACAUUCCAUAUCUUAGAAACUUGUCUGGUGGAGAUUAAUCUU